GGAACUCAGAAACAUUCCUCUUUUUUCCCCAUUAUCCCACAGCUAUCUGGACACAGCUUAAACCAGCAGGCUGAAUGUUUGGAGGCCAAAGGAAGAGGCGGGUUGGAAUUGUGGGCUAUGGACAUCUAGGCCAGUAUCUGACAGAACGAAUCCAGGAUGAAGGCGUCCAACAUGGGUUGGAGCUGGCUUUUGUUUGGAACCGGGAUGCCAGUAAGAUGGAGGGCACUGUACCAGUAGACCUGAGGUUGGGGAAGUUGACAGAUUUUUCACAAUGCUACCCUGAUGUCAUUGUUGAAGUGGCACAUCCCUGCAUUGUCCAAGAUUAUGGGGAAUUCUUCCUUAAAGCUGCAGAUUUUAUGGUGGGGUCACCCACAGCCCUAGCAGAUGUGAACACUGAGCUUAGAUUACGUGAAGUGGCAAAAAAGACUGGACACACUCUCUACAUCCCCAGUGGAGCUCUAUGGGGUGGUCAAGACAUUCAAAGGUUGGAUGGUGCAGGGAUGCUCCAGGCAUUAAAAGUCACCAUGACUAAACACCCAGACAGUUUCCGGUUGGGUGGGGAGCUUGGGGAGCUUGCAAAGCGAGCCCAGGAGGAAAGCGUGGUUCUGUACAAUGGCCCUGUGCGGAGUCUGUGUCCCCUGGCCCCCAACAAUGUCAACACAAUGGCAGCAGCUUGCAUUGCUGCUCCAAGUCUGGGCUUCGAUGGUGUGAAAGGUUGCCUGGUGGCAGAUCCUAACCUUCCUGACUAUCAUGUGGUGAUGAUUGAAGCAACAGGCCAAGGGGGCUUCUCAGUCAACACCAGUCGCAAGAACCCAGCUGCUUGUGGGGCUGUCACAGGGUCAGCCACCUUUGCUGCCUUCUGGAGCAGCCUAUUGGUGUGCCAAGGGCAUGGAGGCCAAGUCUACCUAUGCUGAAUUAUGAGAUCUCUUCCUAAGAAGAUCCAUGGAAGAUACUGGAAGGUAGUUACAACGGAAUUGGAAGACAAGAAACCCACUCACACAUCUUGGAUGGUUUCAGUUUGUCAGUCAAAUAAAUCAACUUUCUCUAGUCUGAACACCUUGCAAAUGUGUAGAUCCUAACUAUUUUA